CCCACGUCUGCGCCGGCGCAGAUGCGCAGCAGCCUCCGCGGCCCGGGAGCAGCAUGGCGGCGUCCUCCGCGGGCGAAAAGGAGAAGGAGCGGCAGGGCGGCGGGUCGGGGGCGGCCUGCGGCAACAGCACGCGAGAGCGGCUGCUGUCUGCGCUGGAGGAUCUGGAGGUCCUGUCCAGGGAGCUCAUAGAAAUGCUGGCAAUUUCAAGAAACCAAAAGUUGUUACAGGCUGGAGAAGAAAACCAGGUGCUGGAGUUAUUAAUUCACAGAGAUGGGGAAUUUCAGGAACUAAUGAAAUUGGCACUUAAUCAGGGAAAAAUUCACCAUGAAAUGCAAGUUUUAGAAAAAGAAGUUGAGAAGAGAGACAGUGAUAUUCAGCAGUUACAAAAACAGCUAAAGGAAGCUGAACAAAUACUGGCAACAGCUGUUUACCAAGCAAAAGAAAAACUGAAAUCAAUAGAUAAGGCAAGAAAAGGUGCUAUCUCCUCUGAAGAAAUAAUUAAGUAUGCACAUAGGAUUAGUGCAAGUAAUGCUGUGUGUGCCCCACUGACCUGGGUUCCAGGGGACCCACGGAGACCAUACCCAACGGAUUUAGAGAUGAGAAGUGGAUUAUUGGGUCAAAUGAACAAUCCUUCCACUAAUGGUGUGAAUGGUCAUUUACCUGGAGAUGCACUUGCGGCCGGCAGAUUGCCAGAUGUCCUUGCUCCACAGUAUCCCUGGCAAUCAAAUGAUAUGGCAAUGAAUAUGUUACCACCAAAUCACAGUAAUGACUUUUUGUUGGAACCUCCAGGGCAUAAUAAAGAAAAUGAAGAUGAUGUAGAGGUUAUGUCAACAGACUCCUCAAGCAGUAGUAGUGACUCUGAUUAAAAAAGCAUACAGAAUUGAAUACUGUAGAAUUCUGUUUCUUAAACAGUAGCAAACCUGUAAAAAAAAAAAA